AUUUCAUUUGACGGGACAAGUCGGGAAAGAAUGGGACGUACAAGGUCAAAAAAGUUUGAGACAGUUGUGUACAACAAUGAAAAACUUUUGGAAAUACACCAAAUUAUUUCUAGACAGGUGGUGCCUAGUGACGAGAUUUGUGUUGAAGAAGGAACGAAACCUUUAAUCUAUAAGAUAAAAUCAGACGAUGGUCUUGUUUUUUUAAAAGAUUCAGUUCCUUUGAUCACAGAAAUAAAGAAAAACAUUCCUGCAAAAUACUUUAGUCCUUCAGUUAAAAA